GGCGCUGGGAGGAAGGCUGUGAGAUGAGGAACAGGCUGGUAUAAACCGAGAGGACAGGAGAGGGAGAGGAGGAGGAGGAGGAGAGGGGAAGGGGAAGAAAAGCUGCUGCUCCAGAUGCAAUAAGAAGGAAGCUAUUCUGUACUGAAUCAGCAUGGGAUAGAGUGCCUAGAAGACGUUCAGACCAAGCACAGCUAGCGCGUCCCUGCUGGUUCUCCAUUCUGCAUCCGUGCAGCCACGUUCUAUUGAUGGCCUGUUGUGAUUUCAAUGGAACAUCAUGGGAUGUACCUGGCACGUCGGGCAGCACUGGAUGGAGGUGCCUUUAGCCCAAUGUACCUGGCAUGGUGGUAAGGUGAAGGUGAAAGGAAGAGAAGGUGGAGAUGGAACUGCCAAAUCAUGCCAAACAACUGCUACUGCAGCUGAACCAGCAACGAGCCAAAGGUUUCCUCUGUGAUGUGAUCAUUGUGGUAGAAAAUGCCCUGUUUCGUGCCCAUAAGAACAUCCUGGCAGCCAGCAGCAUGUAUUUCAAAUCCCUUGUCCUGCAUGACAACCUGAUUAACUUAGAUACGGACAUGGUGAACCCCACCGUGUUCCGGCAGAUCUUGGACUUUAUUUAUACUGGUAAGCUCUUAACGACUGACCAGCCCGGUGAACAGAACUUUAAUGCUCUCCUCACCGCAGCAAGCUACCUCCAACUGCACGACCUGGCAGCUCUCUGCAGAAAGAAGCUGAAGCGGAACGGCAAGUCCUUUGCUGGCAAGGCCGGUGGCCUUGGUGUCGGGAGAUCUGCCAGGAGUCAGAGACUUUCCACUGCUUCGGUCAUCCAAGCUCGCUAUUCAGGGUCAAAUGAGGGGCUGAAGGGCUCGCACUCAAAGGAGCUGUCAAAGGGAAAGCUCUCCGAUGACGAGGUCUUCAUCAGCAGCUCCAACCAAGAGAACUGUCACUCCUUAACCAGGGGAGCCAGUAAGAACGGCGGUGGGGGCAGCAGUGCGAAUGGAAGCACCGGCGACCAGGAGCUAGGCCUUGACCUGUCCAAAAAAAGCCCGUCACUCCCUGUUGCAGCCUCCCACGAUGACACGCAGCACAGCGAAAGCCAGCAUGGCUCUCCCCAAUCUGCCUCAGCCCCCGCAGCCAACAGUGCCUCAUCGUUCGACGAGUCUGGAGUCGGAGCCCCUCACAGCAUGGCGGACAGCAGCGACCCCAUGGAGAUGGAUCUGAGCGAAGAGUGCCACCACUCAUUGACAGAGAGCAGCCAGCGCAAGGGCCUCCGGCACUCGUCCCGCAAGAAGGAGUGGAUCAAGAAAGACAACACCUUUGACCGAAAGGAGGGGGGCAAAGACAGGGAUGAGGGCGAAGGGCUGCCCAACGGUAUCCUGCUGGGGCCCUUGUCCAAGUCUGUGGAGCGGAGUCUGGCUGGGGCCUACAGCGCAGACCUACCCUAUCCGUGUAAAGAGGAGGUGGAAAACGGUAAGGAGAACAGUGACGACAGCGGCCAGAGCGAGAGUGAGAGCGGCGGGCAUACUAGUGCCAACUACGUCUACCGGCAGGAGGGGUUUGAGCCAGUAGCCUACGGUGACAACCUGUAUGUCUGUAUCCCCUGUGGCAAAGGCUUCCCCAGCUCCGAGCAGCUCAAUGCCCACGUGGAGACGCACACCGAGGAAGACCUUUACAUCAAGGAGGAAGGCACAUACAGUGGCAAGGAUGAAGCUGAGGAUUUGUCCAACCCCAACCAGUCCUAUGCCGCGGAGUCCCGACCCUUCAAGUGUUCAGUGUGUGAGAAGAGCUACAAGGAUCCAGCCACGCUGCGGCAGCAUGAGAAGACUCACUGGCUGACUCGGCCCUUCCCUUGCAAUAUCUGCGGCAAGAUGUUCACGCAGCGGGGCACCAUGACACGGCACAUGCGCAGCCACUUAGGGCUCAAGCCCUUUGCUUGCGAGGAAUGCGGGAUGCGCUUUACCCGGCAGUACCGACUGACAGAGCAUAUGCGUGUCCACUCAGGAGAAAAACCUUACGAAUGUCAACUGUGUGGUGGGAAAUUCACCCAGCAGCGCAAUCUGAUCAGCCACCUGCGAAUGCAUACCUCUCCCACAUAAGCCAAAGACUCCAGAAUGAGCUUCGAGCCCAUCCGCAGUGAUUUACCUUUCUGUAGACUUGCUGCUUAAAAAAAAAAAAGAAAAAAACAGACAAAAAAGGGGGCAACUCCCCAUACUCUGUUCAGUCAUGGGAGGCCUAAACAAAUGUAGCUUUAACAUUUAAAAAAAAAAAAGUUCCUUUUUUCCCUUUUUUUAAAAAAAGAAAGGUCCACAGCCAAGCUGAUGCAUUUAGUCCAACUCUCCCUCCAAAUCUUGGUGAUCAGGCAAGAAAUGCCACUUCUAUUUGCGCACAUCAACUUCAUUGCUGUGUUGAUUAUCUGGAGCAGGUAGGGGGACCAUGGGGAACUUUGAGCCUCUGCUGGCUUACCCCUCCCUGCCUCUUCCCUUCAUGUUACUGUCACCCUACUCACCUCCUCUCUUAAAACCAAACUCAGUAGGGGCAUUUCUUGCCACUAAAAAGAAAAUAAAGUACACCUUUUCAGUGGCCUAAGUAGCUGUGAAAUAACAUAGCAUUGCAUUCAGAAGCGCAGAAGCUGUGUCUGUGGACCAUCUCACAGGGUUGGCAUCCCCUUCAGAUACUGUGGGAAAGCCAUGGCAGUGGUGGAACCCACCACUGUUCCCCUGGGCUGGCGAUGGUGGGGAGAGCAGUCUACCCAGGUGUGCACCAGCCCAAGUACUUCACUUAAAGAAAUGGCGAUGCCUCCCUCGCCAUCCCUUCCUCUUUUGGUUUUGAUCUUUAUCCUUGGCACAUGUAACCACAUGCCACCUUUUGCCACAAAACACACAAACCUCUUCUGCCUUACCCAUGACUGAACAGGGACCGGAUGCCCUGGGAAUUUCUUUCAGUGAGCAGGGGGUCGUCUUUACUUUUCUAGUAGUUUCGUAUGAAUAUUCUUUGCUUAGAGGUACUUGUUUUAUUAAAGGAAAAACCAUUGUAACGUUUAUGUGAA